AACAGAACAUCCGAUUAGUAGUACGUAACACAUGACACGGAGCAUUUUUGAGAAUGAAAUCAAAGACUUUCAUGUUGUCUUUUUUAAGUUUGCGUAAAAUAAUUCGACAUUAUGCAUCUAACCUUUGGACCUACUUUCUAUAAGCAAAUGUUAAUUCCAAAUACAUGGAUUACCCACAUUUUAACCCAGCUGAAAGAUAGGAUCGUCUAGAUAGGAUGAAAACAGAUUAACUAUAUGUAUCGAUUCAUCAGAGCCCCUAUGAAAAACUUGUUCUUUUUUUUAAAUAAGCUUCCUUUGAUAACAUCAGAGUACUGAGCUGCACUACAUCCCUGCAAAAAUAUUAUGGAUGAAGGAAAAACUAGAGAAAAUUCAGACAAAUUUGACAGACGGGAAAUAUCAAAACUGCAUGGGCAAAUUUGAAAUUUUAUACUAAGAUAAAAGAUGAAUUUUCUACCAUUUUUGAGUAAUGAUAUGACCAAGAAAGCUUUAUGAGCUGUUGAUUAGCUUAAAUUCAAACAAAAUAACUAGAACUAAUUUUAUAAACAUUUUUGGGGGGUGGGGAGGUCAAAUUUUCCAAAAAUUAUAGUUAACAUCAAAUAAGCAUUUGCCUUUUGUUGAGCUAUCAAACGUUAUUAAAUAGAACGUUGCGCAAUAUUAGAAAUGAAGUACAGUAUGUCAAUUCUGACUGCGCAUUAAUAUUGUGUGAUAUUCGGUCACGGGAGCAAUGCUGGCAGAUCCCUUUUACCCGCGUUCACGCGCGUGACUCAGCCAAUCAGCGGCGAGGACGGGCGCUGUAGAGUUUUCUGUCCCUCAUCCAAAUGCAAACACGCCUCAUCGUCUUAGAUAUCGCGAUGCUUUGGCUCUCCUUCCAUUACGUAGAAAUAACAUAUAAGAUUAUUAAAUUCGGCCGAACAGACAAAGAAAUGAGUUUUUACGAGUUCAAUUGGACCCGUUCGUCCACGUACACUCCAAUACCAGGCGUUUUUAUGAGUGACGAAAGUGUACAUCAGUGAAAGCAAGCUGGGACUACACAGACCUACGAGUCGUGCACAGGGUCAUUUGUUAGUAGGAGGGGCCGCUAAAGCCGAUUAGAUAGCUGCCAGGCAAACGUUUGACUAUUGCAUACGCUAAAUAGUUCCUGAACGGACAGAUGACGAAUGUAGACUUCUAAUAUGAAGAAGUUUUUAGAUCUGAAGGAAGUUGCUGAAGGUGAGCAGUUUGGUAACGCAGCAUCUGAUCCACCUAUCUUCUGGAGCGACUCAAUGCCUUUCAGUGUCGUGAGGCUGCUGCGGCUUAAACCAGCUAGUGUUGGGCAAAGGCGGGGCUGCACCAUAUGAAGAAAACUUGCAAUCAUAUCCACUUAACUGUGCUAAACCAAGACCUGAGGAACUGUGAAGACGUGAAGAGGAAACUCAAAACGGAUUUGACCUGUUGAGUGGGAUAUGUUCUGUGAGCCUCAAGGAAGCUGCAUACCAUCUUUUUCUGAGUAUAAGUUUUUUUUUCUUCCCAUAAUUUGGCUGAAGGUGCGACUUAAACUUUGAAAAAAAUUAUGUGAUCGCUAUCUUAACAACCAAUAGAGGGAACUGUAGGUUUUUAGUAUCCGCAAUUGCUACUGACAGAAGCACAGAAGAUUGAUUUUCUUUAAAAAAAUGACCAAAUCUUUCCCAAAAAUAUGACUUAAAUAUGAUUUUUUUCUUCAUAAUAAUACGUUUUUUGGCAUCUGCGGCUUAUUGUUAAAAAAGUAUGGAAAAUUACUUAGGCUAUGUCCGAAUUCCCACUCUACUACCUAACUACUAAAAAACUAUAUAGUGCGGGACUAUCUGGUGCCCAGGAUUUUAAAAGCAAUUCAGAGACCAGGCUUACUCGAUUUCACGAAGUGAAAAUCUCAUUGAUAUCAGCGGUUUGCGACGACCAAGAUAAAAAUUUCAUCAAUUUAUUAAAAAUAUAUUUAAAUGCAAUUUUUGCAAAUUCUUUCUUUGAAAAAUUGUUCAAACGCAAUGUAUUGUGGUCUAUAUUUGUUAAUCUAUUGAGCAUUGAUGCACAUUGGUUUUUGGCAGAGACUUCUGGGAAAUUUCUGGUGCAGUCAAUUUUGGCAUUGUGGAUUCAGAUGGCACUAAAAAAUGGCAAACACACUAUAUAGUGUGUAGUAAAGGAAUUCGGACAUAGCCAAUGUCUGAAUGAGACAAACUACAAACUAUGGUCCCCAUAAAAGUACAUCCUUGUUAUUUAACUCCAUGUCAUGCUGAAUGUCCAGAUGUGAAGGAAUCAGUAAAGGAGACAUAGUCAUAAAAACUGUUAAGAUAAGAGGGAAAUGGUAGUUUGGAGACAGUACCUUGCAAUGCAACCCCAGCAGGAAAGGACGAUGAUAAACGCAUAAGUGGUCCAGCAUGAAUACUGAGAACAACGUACACAACAUACAGGAACAGAUUAAAACUGACAAGAGUCAAAUGCUGUGUGGUGAGGGAUACUAAAUGCUUUAAUGUAAAGUCGAAAGUUUUAAGGAUAUUUCUGUGGGAAGUUUGCCUCCUGUUGAGUCUCAUAUUAGGCCCCAUCCAAAAACUCAAGAGAACCUCAUCUUCCCCUAAUGCUCAUCUGUCUCCAACUGUAAAGAGAGACUUAAGAAAUGGAUCAGCAAAAUGACAGAUGCUGCCAGUCUCAGUGUCCCCAAGGCAUGUAGCUCAGCAAUGGAGGUUUCCACAGCCUACUUUGGUUUUAGCCGGAGGCUGAAGAAUAUGCUGAGAAUACGCUAAAAAGCUUCGGCGACAAACUGGCUUUUUUGGAGUAUUAAAUAUCAUUCUUCUUCUUUUAUUGACAGUCGAGCGGUUUCCAUGUCAUAACAAGUCUAGAAAUCCCGGAAGAGAGUUCAGGCGGGUUGACCAUGCGCUGCCUGGCUGCUCGGGUGAACUACAAAACCCUCAUUUUCAUCUGUGCCCUCUUCACCCUCAUCACUGUGUUGCUGUGGAACCGCUGCUCCAGUAAUACCUCCAUAUACUUCCUUCCCCGAGCCGCCUUUGUCGCUCCGAGCCCUAAGAUAGGGGACGAAGGCAUCAGCAGCCAACAGCAUCCUCCACAGCCUCCGGAGCCUCCCCCUGUUGUCGGGGGUGUCAAGUUUGAGGAAAUAGACUGUUUGAUUAAUGACGAAACCACGAUCAAAGGCAGACGAGAAGGUGGGGAGAUCUACAUGCCCUUCAACUGGAUGGAAAAGUACUUUGAAGUGUACGGGAAAGUAGUUCAGUACGACGGUUACGAUCGUUUUGAGUUCCAGCACAGCUACUCAAAGGUGUAUGCACAGCGCGAGCCCUAUCACCCCGAUGGAGUCUUCAUGUCCUUCGAGGGCUACAACGUGGAGGUUAGGGAUCGAGUCAAAUGCAUCAGUGGAGUGGAGGGUGUUCCUCUGUCCACUCAAUGGGGUCCUCAAGGCUACUUCUACGCCAUCCAGAUUGCCCAGUACGGUUUGAGCCAUUACAGCAAGAACCUGACAGAGCGUGCGCCCCAUGUGGAGGUCUAUGACACAGCAGAGGAGAAGGACAGCAGGGCCACAGCACCCUGGAGCGUCCCAAAAGGCUGCAGCCUAAACCGCGUCCACGACAAGUUCAGAUCCACCUCUGUGCGGCAGUUCAGUGCUCCAGAGUCUUCAGAAGGUGUUUCUCUCCAACUUGGCAACUCCAGAGAUUUCAUCUUAAGCUUAGACAUCAAGUUUGUCUCAAACGGCAGCGUCUCUGUGGUCCUGGAAACCACAGAAAAGGGCCCCCCCUUCACCAUUCACUAUGUGACCAGCACACAGCUCAUUGCCUUCAAGGACCGGGACAUCACCUAUGGCAUCGGGCUGCGCACAGCAUGGAGCACCCUGACCCGAGACCUGCUGACCGACCUGAGGAAGGGUGUCGGUCUGUCAAACACUAAGGCUGUCAAAGCCACAAAGAUUAUGCCCAGGAGGGUGGUGCAGUUGGUCCUUCAUGGGCGGGGCUUUGUAGACAACAUCACCGUCUCCACCACCUCCCACAUGGCCGCCUUCUUUGCUGCCAGCGAUUGGCUGCUGCGGAACCAGGACGAACGAGGAGGAUGGCCCAUCAUGGUCACUCGUAAACUUGGCGAGAGCUUCCGGCCUCUGGAGCCCGGCUGGUACUCGGCCAUGGCUCAGGGCCAAGCCAUGUCUACGCUGGUGAGAGCCUACUUGCUCACCAAGAACCAGGCGUACAUCAAGGCUGCCCUCAAGGCAGUUGGACCUUACAAGGUGCCUUCAGCGCAGCAUGGGGUCAAAGCCGUGUUCAUGAACAAGUACGACUGGUAUGAGGAAUACCCCACCAGCCCCAGCUCGUUUGUGCUCAACGGCUUCAUCUACUCCCUGAUCGGGCUCUACGACUUAGCAGAGACAGCCGGCGAGAAGCUGGGCAGGGAGGCGGGGCAACUCUUCAGCCGUGGCAUGGAGUCACUAAAAGCUAUGCUGCCUCUCUUUGACACAGGAUCUGGAAGCAUCUAUGACCUGCGUCACUUUAUGUUGGGAACCGCGCCCAACCUGGCUCGCUGGGACUAUCACACCACCCACAUUAACCAGCUCCAGCUGCUUGCGUCCAUAGACAACGCCGCCAUUUUUAAGGACGUCAUCAAGCGCUGGAAAGGCUACUUGAAAGGGAUUCGAGCCAAGCACAACUAGACAAAUGAAGGAGUGGUGCCUGUGUAUUCUGUGUGUGGGAUGAUUGAAUGAAGUCCAUCAGCUGCAGCCUCCAAUGCUGCAACUUCCUUGUGUGCUUUGCUGCAAUACUUUUUUUGAUUUUCUUUGUUCCCAAGAGGCUGGACUCCGAGUGUGAGUUAUGUUCAGGUAAAAUGGAUGUGUAUUUUGUUUAAAAAUAAAUAAUUAUCAUGUUGGAGAGACAGAACCACAUUUACGACCUUCUUAAAAUCAACCACUGUAUUUAUUUUUCUUUUUUUUUAGCAUUUCUUUUUAUUUCAUCUCAGAAUUUCAAAGUUUAUGAAAAAGCAACUGUACAUAAUAAGAGUAUUUUAUUACAGAGUUGAUGGAGGAUGUUGCCAAAAAGGUUGAUCUGUGAGCCGUUCUGUUUAUUUCUCUACAGAGUCUGAAGUUUCAUUCUGACAUAUAACCCCUCCUCUCUAAAAUCAGGACAAACAUUUGACUACGGAAUUACAUUAAAACUUCAAAUGAGGUUGUCUUUAUUUCCCUCCUAAAUGUAAACACUGAAGAAUGGAUUAGGUGUCUGUUUGCUGCUUAAACUGAGCUCCAAGGAAUAAACAAUCCUUCUCAAAUCCCAAGCAGGAAGAACCGUAGAAACAAACAUAUCAUCCCUCCAGUCCUUCCUGCCGCUGACUUAACUUAUAAUUACUUCUGAAGCUGCUAAUAUGAGACAAGUUACCAGUAAAAGCAGGCGUUUGUUCUGAGCGUUUGUCCUCAAACAGGCGAACCAGUUUGAAAAUAGGAGGCGAUCGCCCAAAAAUGAAGCUAAAAGUCCGACCUGCUCACCCACAUGACUGAAGAAUCAACUCUAAAGCUACGUUCACACCGGCCUCGGCAACGUUCAAGCCGCCACUUUCAAUGAAAAGGCUAUGGAAACGCACAUUUCAGGCUUUAAUACUCUCACGUUCAUGCGUCGUUACGCAGAUUUCUACGACCAUUUUUUGGGCUCUACGUACAAAAAGUGUUGAAAGUUAAACCAGGUUGAACUUGGACCGGUCAGGGACUCAGAUUUGGUAGUGAGUCCUUUUUUCAUUAAUAGAAAAGCCAACCGUCUGAAAGAGAAAUUCAAAGUUGCUGUUUGAUCCCGGCCAGAAGUAUGUGAUGCCAAGUCCUUCAUAUAUCAGAACAGAGCUGUGAAAGGAAGAAUUUACUUAAUUUUCACCAUUUUGACAUUUGUGGCACAAGUACCACAUUUUGGCAUGGAUGUACCCUAGGAACCCAUCUUUCAGAAAACCACAUUAGCCACAAGAAAAAUCGAAAAGCAAUCUUUAAAGUACCUACAGAAUAUUAUUUAUUGUAUAGUAUGUAUAUAAUUUAAAAUCUUGGAUUUUGUUGUGGGUAAGGCUGCUUUUCUGAAACAUCUAUGCCAAAUUUUUCGGAUGUACCACAAAAUGCGUGAUUACUUAAAUAACCAGCUCCACUAGUGGACUGAGCGUGCGUCACAAUCCCGGUGUGAACGUAACACCAAUUGUUGCAUCUUUUCCCAGAUGUUUUGGCAGCAUAUAUAUGACUUGAACUGAAGAAAACAGGCAUUCUUACAAUAUUAGCUCACAUUUAAAGAAACAUGUUUGAAUUGUCAUGUAAUGAGCCUUUUCUAAUCACGUUUGUUUUGCAGAAUUAUUUCUUUUUGUGUUCACACCCCGCUGCUUUUCGUUUGCGUUGUUUCCUUGAGCUCUGGUCAUUAAAGCCCUUCCUCUGCAGCUCACAGCAGAAAGCUGUAAUUACAGAUGCAAGUGUAGGCGGUGUCUUCGUGCUGCAGAGGAAGGUGGGCAGUCGCCGCUGCCUCUCGCCGCUGCUCAGCUUCCCCAGCGUGAGAGAAGAGUGCCAGCCUAAUGAAAGCUGGAGGUGAAUUCUUCAAGGUAGACUCAGACCCCGCAGGGCUCUUGGCGCUUCUCCGGCCCAGCUGAGUGCAUGAACUCCUGAGUGAUGGCCCGCAGAAAGCCAGUUCUCCCUGCUAAUAAGGUGGAGAGGCUGCAGCUCUGCACAGUCACCAGUCAGCGGUUUAACAAGCUGUCAGUGUCGAUGAAGCUCUCAUCGACACUGACAUAAAGAUCAUGAGCUCCUUUUCAUAAAAUUGGUCUAAUCCUUAAAAGAAAACGUUCCUGAGAUUAUGUGGGAAUUGACUGAACAUAAUUGAAAUCUGAUCCAUUUACAAUUUGGUAAUGUUGAUCGUAAAACAUAAAUACUUUGAUGUGAAAUUGACGAAGGACAUGUAUCGACCUCCUUCCAUGUAACGCCGAUAAAUGUUAGCACAUAGAUUUGAAUAUGUCUGAAUAUGAAUAUGUGCAGUAUUGGGUAGAAAUGCUGGACAUGUGAUGCAGUUUUUCUUUUUUCUUUCUAUUAUUGUAAAAAAGAAAAAAAUGUCAUUAUUUCUUUUGUUAGAACUGUAAACACUAUCAUGUUUAACAUAGACUGAUUUUUUUGUUUUGUUUUCUGAAUACCAUUUUUUGUUGUUGUACCAAAGUUGUUUAUUCAGAGUCAUCUGUAUAUUUUGGUGCAAACUGACUUCCAUUCAGCUUUAGAUGAUGGUAAUUUAGCAUGGAAACAGACUCUGCCUUUUAGAAGUGCUAGUUUUUCUGGGUGUAGGUUAGGUAAGUUGGAUGAAGUUUAAUCGUUGACGCGUUUACUCGACUACUGUUUUCAAAGGGAAGCGCGCUGCAGUUCACCUUGUUUUUGUUUAUUGGUAGAUUCCAAAUGAUUCGGUUUUUGUUAGGUUCUACAAAAGCACAAAUGCUGUUCUAUCAUCCUCACAUGGUUUUACUUCUUGGAGUUCUUUUAUAUAUAUUUUUUUAUCUUUUUAAGACUGUGCAGCAUUCUCACUGGGAAGGCUGCUAUUGUUGUGUAGUCACAGUUGUUUCUCUCUUUUCAGUUGUUUUCGUUUAGUUAUUUAAAAAAAAAAAAAGGAUGGAAUAAGUUCAUCUGAUGGCCGUAGCGGUCGGUGUGAUUUAUGCAAUAAGAAGUUUCCUGGGUUUUGUGUCUGGGUGACACUCCCGGAGGGUUUGUACAGACUCUGCAAUCAAAGCACAAUGUGCAAGUACUAUGAUUUUUUUGUUUUGUUUUUUAGUCUGAGAAAGUGUUUAUAUAAAGAGAAAUUCUUUGUUCUUUAGGAAAUUGCUUUUUAAAGAUGUAAAAAAAAUUAAUAAAAUAAUUUUUCUUAA